AUGACUUCAACACGUGUACCUGACCACUUGGACCAACGACUCCUUUCAACCAACGAACCCCCCAAUACGGAAGAAGAACUCGCGGUACGGAAGUAUGUCGACACGGUUUCCAAAGACAUCGAGGACGAGGAAGCAGAACCCAGGCGCCUCUCUCAGCUCUUUUCUGACUGCCAUGGCCGUAUUCGCCAUCUCAACGAACACCGUGACAAGGCUCGAGGCAUCGUUUCACCGUUGAGACGACUCCCUUCGGAACUCAUUGCGGAAAUAUUCAAGGCAGCUCUCAAACCACACGACAACAAUUAUUACCAACGCCACGAUUUUGCUAAUUAUAGGGCCGUUUGCAGACAGUGGCGGGAUGCAGCGUAUUCGCACCCGGAGUUGUGGGCGGCCCUCACUAUAUCCUCGUCCGAUUUCGAUUUUGCUACUUGGUUUCACAACGCAAGAAAUGUGCCUCUGCGGUUUCGGCUCGACAUAGCACAAUCCGAGUUUUUGCCGCAUUGCGAAGAAGUGGUAGCCGAUGUAGUUUCGGUUGUAACAGAAAACAGAAACUGGUCUGUCCUCCAGUUAGUCCUUGGAACUUGGUGGGCACAGGCAGAGGCCAUUCUCCACAAUAUUUUCUCUGCAAUCGCCGAUGCGCCCUAUCGUCCGUGGAAGAAUCUGAAAAGUGUGGAGCUCCAGCCUCUAAUCACCACGACGCCGCGACUGUGGCAGAUCUGCACCCCCAGCCUGUCUUCCCUCGCGCUCGAGCUGACGCCAAGUUUGGACCCCGAGUACACCACUCGCCUCCUCCAGGUCCGGCACCUAGCACUCUCCCGUCUGGAGCUCAACAUUUUCGACUUGAAAGGUCUCCAUCCUCGCAGGACGCCGCGAAGUCGGGCCAAUUGUACUCCCGACACCACAGUCAGUCACCCAGGCAUCCGCACCUUCCUCUUUGAAGGGCCUGUCGAGUAUCUCCAUGCUCUAUCCUUUCCGGGCGUCGAGGAGGUCUCGCUGACAGUUGGGAUCGUGAAUGUGCAUAGACACGAAGGAGCUUCAGGGUGGUUGGAAGCCUUAAAGUCCUUCUUGCAAUGUUCAAAGCGAUUGCUGGAAAUCAAGGUUGAAAUCAUCACGCUCUUACAAGCCUUCUUACCAUCUGACAGCUCCCAGCAACAAGUCCUCACGCACGAACUCUCACAACUUCCUUCCAUCAGACGCCUGGAGUUGCCCGAGUGGAUUGAAGGCCUCGACCUGAGCUCUGAAGAGUUCAUCUCCUUUUCCGAGCAGAGAAAGGCGUCUCUGGUCGGCUCUGGGGAAGCCUCAGGCACAAACACUGGAGGGAACUCGAUCCUAUCAUUGGGACUGGUGCCCAUCGAUCUGGGACUCGAGGACAUGACAGUGCUCUUUCUAUCUUCUCCAACGGAAUCCGUCAAGUAUCUAUUGGGACAGGCUCUAGAGCUUGGAGCCCGAUUCCAUUUUGACUUAUGUUGA